GAGUAUCUAUCUAUUUGUCCAUGGUAUUAGGCUACCCGUUGAUUGUUGACAAAAUUAACUACACACGGAUUUAACUAAUAUGGUGUAUAAAACAUGGCAAAUAGGCGUAACUUAGAAAUAUUAUUUUUUGGUUUAGCCACGUAUUUUAUUUUACCAACGAAGGGAUUUAUGGGCCAUGCACCCUGCAAUCAUGUUCAUCCGAAAGAAGAAGACGUAAUACGUGACGUCCACAUCGAACCAGCUCACAGCGUGGUCAAGCGCAGCAUCAAUCAGCCGUUGAGGAUUGUGCUGCACUACGACGAUACUGUUUACAGGCUUGGUAGAGAAAAGUUUGAACUAAUAAAUAACACGGUGCUGCCGGUGGCCGUGCACUUCUGGGAGAGAGCGCUGAUGGUGCGCAAGACCAACAACGUCAUCAGGCUCAACAGGAUGUGCAGGAAGAACCAAGUGUUCUUCAAGAGAGGCGACCCGCACGCCUACUGCAGGAACGCGUGCGAGGCGCGCACCAUGUGUGGCGAGGUGCAGGUUCCAGAGGAGCACCUGGAGGCGUGCCGGACUUGCAACGCCACGGGCCAGGACUGCAAACAGUCGGGGCACGGCCGCGGUCCGGGCAUCGCAGACGCUGACUUUGUGUUUUACGUCUCGGCCAAUGAGACGGAGCGCUGCAACAAGGGGAUGACGGUUGCUUACGCCGCCCAUUGCCAGCAGGAGGCGGCCCUCGACAGGCCGAUCGCGGGACAUGCCAACCUCUGCCCGAGGAAGAUCAGCACCAAGCCCCAGGAGCUGGCGAUCCUGCUGUCGACGGUGAAGCACGAGAUCCUGCACGCGCUGGGCUUCUCGGUGAGCCUGUACGCCUUCUACCGCGACGAGCAGGGCCGGCCCCUCACGCCGCGGGGCGAGUCCGGCAAGCCGCAGCUCAACGAGAGGCUGCAGACGCGGCAGUGGAGCGACCGCGUGGUGCGCGCGGUGGAGCGCCGGGACUGGCUGGUGCGCUCCGGCCCGGUGACGCGCCAGCUCAUGCUGAUGGUGACCCCGCGCGUGGUGGAAGAGGUGCGAGCGCACUUCGGCUGCCGGCAGCUGGAGGGGGCGGAGCUGGAGGACCAGGGCGGCGACGGCACGUCCCUCACCCACUGGGAGAAGAGGGUGUUCGAGAACGAGGCGAUGACGGGCACGCACACCCAGAACCCCGUGUACUCGCGCAUCACGCUGGCGCUCAUGGAAGACACGGGCUGGUACCGUGCCAACUACUCCAUGGCACAGCCGCUGGACUGGGGGCGCAACUACGGCUGUGACUUCGUCAUGCGCAGCUGCAAGUACUGGAUGGACAACAGGACGGCCAGCGGGCGGUCCAUCCACCCGUUCUGCAACAAGGUGAAGAGGGACCCGCUGGAGACGGAGUGCACCAUGGACCGCAGCGCGGUGGCGCUGUGCAACCUGGUGGCGCACCGCGAGCCCGUGCCGCUGCUCUACCAGAACUUUGACCGGAUCCCGCACGUGCCCCGCGGCCAGGAGCCGCUGUACGGGGGCUCCGUGGCGAUGGCCGACUACUGCCCGUACGUCCAGGAGUUCACGUGGCGCUCCAACAACGUGGACGUGCGCGGCUCGCACUGCCAGUACCAGCAGAACAACCCCGGCGCGGAGAAGAACUUUGCGCUGGAGCGGUACGGGCCGGGCUCCAAGUGCUUCGACCACACGGACCGCUCGUGGGAGGAGCGGUCGUGCGGCCAGGUGCGGCAGUGGCGACACUGGGGCUCGGGCUGCUACCGCUACUCCUGCAGCGCGGGCCGCCUGCACAUCCUGGUGGGCAACUACUCCUUCACGUGCUACGACACGGGCCAGGUGCUGGACGUGCAGCUGUUCAGCCACGGCUGGCUGCACAAGGGCGCGCUGGUGUGCCCGCCGUGCGAGGACCUGUGCCAGGAAAGUGAGGGUUGGUGCUCACGCAAUAACAACAUGCCAUCGUUCAUCGAGUACCACCAGGAUGACCUCAAGUGCACCAGCUCACGCUGUUUGCAAGCAGGCGUGUUGGCAUUACUGGCGGUCUGCAGCACUGCGCGCUGGCUGCGGUGACAGCACUGGCCGACAUGGCUGCCUUCCGAACCCUCGCGCAGCUGUCAGUGACAGCCACCGUGCUGUCAGUGGUGAAUUGAGCGAUUCUUCUGUAUCACCAUUCCUGAACAGUUUUAUUUGUCUCCGUAAAUUUUAUAUAUAUUUUUUCCAGUAUACCUUGUAUCUUUUAGUACAAAUCUAAAUUUAUGCAGCUAUAAUUUUUUAAUGUUUUUUUCUUCUUUUUUAGUCUGGCAGAUUAUUGAUGAUUUCUUUAUUAAUUUUGAUUUAAAAUUUUUAUAUUUGAUUUUGUUGUUGUUUGAAAAAUGAAUUCUAUGUUAUAAUAAUUAAUUUUUGCUUCUGGAAUUGUACUUGAUUGUGAUCAUAUGUUUUGUACAUUAGGAUAAUCUAAGUCGGAGAACAUGGGAAUCAACUUGUUGACUUAUACAAGCUCAUUACUAUUAUAAUGAUUGUGUAAAAAUAGUAGCUAACAGUUUGUUGAAGACUGUAAUUUGUUUGUAAACAGUUAUCUAGGGAAUUUCCAGUUUUGAUAAAACAUAGGGUGCUUUUGAAGAUGCUCAUUAUUGCUGUUUAGAGACAUAUGUACUUAAGGACUGCCAAGUGCAGGUUUCUUCAGAGCUGAGCCACUCGGCUGUGACUGCAGUUGGCAGUGCCGUCUGCUCAAUUUGUACUGACAAACCCGUCUACGUUAGUUUUUCACUUCCAGUGUUACGGUGCCAUUUAUUGUAGCAUGUAUGGUUUUCUUGCGUGUGUAGUUGUGGAGAGUGGAUACUUUUAUGAUGCCAGUCAUAGCAACUUGGUUUUUCUAUGUCCGAUUUUUAUCACUUAUUAGUGUUUAUUGUAUUUGUAUCACUACUGUAUUUUAUAUUUACCUAUAUUUGGAAUUGAAAAUAGUAUUCCAAGUUGCUGUACAAAUAACUGUAUAGAAAGCUUGUAACUGUUCUUGCUUUGUAAGGGCUGGAUGUGAUUUAACUCUCCAUAUUGCCUUGCAAAGAUAUUUCUGUCUCUUUUCACACAAGCAAAGAAUGAAAACACCAAAGUUGAAUGUCUAGAGUUUGCUGGACUUAAAACUUAAGUUCGGAUGUUUAAAUUCAAAGUCGCUAGAAUUAAUAUCUUAAGUAAUCAGAACUUGUUUUUAUCAAUGCAUUACUGACAUUAUUGUGUUAAAGAGACAGUAGUAUUGUAAGUUUUGAAACCAUAUUAAUAGUGUGUGCUUCUUGAAUUAUAAAACUAAUAGGGAUGUAGGAAGCUUUGGAAAAACAAAGUCGAAUAGAAGGUAAAUUUUCUUCAUUAUCUUCUUCAGGAAAAUUAAAAAAAAAAAAAAAAAAAAAAAGAAGCUUAGAAUGCUUGGGAGAUUUGCUGUAGAAGCAGAACGUGUUGAAAGUAGUUAGGGGCCACAGCAACGGCAUGUUCGCAGUUCGCCCUCACCCCUGGCCCUGUGAUGCCGUCGGUGAUGUCCGACAGCUAGGCCUAGCUGGCAUCUUCACACGAGCAUGCAGUCGUAGGAGGCAAGAGAGAGGAACAUGCUAUUAUUUAUUGCACUUUGUUCAAGAUGAGGCUUGGAAAGGCAUGAAUAAAUAGUUCUUUUUUUUGUACAAAACUGAAAAAGAAGUUUAUUUGUAGACAUUUAUGUAUUUAAAAAUUUGGUUUUCAAACAUUUAUAAUAAAAUUAUAAUUUUUAAAUAAUUUGCAUUAAAAAUGCUAGUUUCAUGGCAGUAGAUGCUAAUUUUUUGAGCCUUUAUGAUUAUAAAUGUGCAGUGAGGAAUAAAAAUAACAAUUGAAUCAUGCGGCAUCAGAAUAAAAUUUGUAUGUACCAGAUAAUUUAUGUUUAUUAUAAGCAUGUUAGUGCUGCGAGAUAAUUUUAAGUAACUCGAGGUGAAGCAAAUGAUGGGUCUAUUUUUAGUUGCACUAUUUAUGUGUACAAAUACAAGCCAUAGUCCCAGGUGAGUCGAAGUUAACUAUGAAAUGGUAUUUUAUCAGGGUGGCCAACCGACCGGGCAAAUUGGGAAACCUUGUAAUUAGGUGUUAAAUGUUUUGGUGCCUGGAAAUUUGUGAAAACCCCAGAAAUGUUUCAUAAACAUCAGAAUUCUCUAUUUGUCUAGCAAGUUUAAAAGAGCUUAGUUAAAAAAACGGCACACAGCCUACAGGCUACGUCACUUAUACCAUGUUUGAACGCUGUGCUGUAGCGAGCCUCGACAGCGAAUGUGACGUGUGUGGGUGGAUGAGUGACUGAAUGUGACGUGUGUGGGUGGAUGAGUGACUGUGGCGUGUGUGGGUGGAUGAGUGACUGUGACGUGUGUGGGUGGAUGAGUGACUGAAUGUGACGUGUGUGGGUGGAUGAGUGACUGAAUGUGAUGUGUGUGGGUGGAUGAGUGACUGUGACGUGUGUGGGUGGAUGAGUGACUGAAUGUGACGUGUGUGGGUGGAUGAGUGACUGAAUGUGACGUGUGUGGGUGGAUGAGUGACUGAAUGUGACGUGUGUGGGUGGAUGAGUGACUGAAUGUGACGUGUGUGGGUGGAUGAGUGACUGAAUGUGACGUGUGUGGGUGGAUGAGUGACUGAAUGUGACGUGUGUGGGUGGAUGAGUGACUGAAUGUGACGUGUGUGGGUGGAUGAGUGACUGAAUGUGACGUGUGUGGGUGACAGUUGCCGUGGAACGUCCUGAGGAUGAGGAGGGGAAGCUGGUCGCUCAGUUUCUUUUGUAAUUGUACUCGUGCAGAUGUUCACUGACUAAUAGUAAACAGAAAUAACGACUGAAAACUUACCGUGAUUUGCCAUGUGAAAGACUGGAGGAUAUCAUUUUUAGAAUACACCAAAAAACAAAAAAAUUAAAAUGUUGAACAUGAAUGAACCUAGACUAGUGGAUGGUGCCAUAAAAAUGCUAUCUUUCUUUCUUUCUUUCUUUAUCUUUUCUGCAGCCGUAGCCAUUCCAAUAUGGCAUAGACAGAUAAAAAACACACACACAUAUUCAUAAAGUUUUUACCAUUGCAGUCAAUUUUCAGAUACAGCCAAAAUUAAAGUCAUUUUCUAAUAGUAAAUAGUAAAAAAUAAAAGCAGUAUCAGCAAGUGGGGAGGUACUAUUACAACUCCAAAUUCAUUAUGUGUAGAUUACUAUGAUUAAAAAGGCUCUCUAUGAAUUAGAAUCAUGAUUUAUCGAUCUCAGCUAACAAAAAUGAUGAGAAUUUUAAGUGUUUUUAUUUUUAUUAUUAUUAUUUUGAUGGUGAACAUAUUUUUUUUAUCCCUGGCAGCUGUGCCCUUAUGUUUUGCUGUAUUAUUUAGACCAGUGCUGUAUUUCUUAAUAUUUUACUGUUGAUUGAAAAUCACAUAGCUUAAACACCUUACAAGAGCUUCUAUAUUAUGUUAAGGAAAAACACUUCAUCACAGAAGUAACAUAGUCUUACAGAAAUACUUUAUAUUUUUUAUAAUGUAUGUUAAAUGGUAGAUAGUUAAUAUUAAAUUCUUGGUUUGUUUUAUUAGCUCUGAUGUUAGAAAAAUUUUUGGAUACAUAUAUAUACUUUCUUAACAUAUAGUAACAUUUUGUGAAAAUUCUUGGAAAUACCUUAAAAAUCCUGGAAAAAAACCUAGAGUAGCCACCCUGUUCUAUUGGCAAUAACAAGAAGCAGGAUGAAUUUGUAAAUAGAUCUGACAACUGUUGAAAACAAAACUCUGGCAAUACCUCCAAAUUGCGUUGGCCUUGGCAGACCAGGUUUCAGCGGACCAAAUAAACAAGGGGUAUUACGGUAUUAGUGGAGUCUGGUGUGGAAGUACCUGAUUGAACUGCACGCAGCAAUAUAUAGUCUUUGUUCCAGUGACGUUUCUCCAAAGCUUCACACUUCCUGAUAGUUUCCUUGUAGCCACUGUGUGUGUGCAAUUUCUCACGUGGAGAUUGGAUUAUGCUUUGAAUUUUUGACGUAUGAAGAUAACACAGGUGACAUUUUAGUUUAACAUUAUUUGAAAUAGAAAGAAUGAUUUUACAACUUGUUGAUGUGCAUUUGGUACUUAAGAUCAGGAGUACUUUUAUCCCCAGUUGAAACAGUAUUCAUAACUUAUUACAAUAUUUUUUUUAAAUAGAACAUAUCAAAGUUAUUUAGAUUAUAAAAUUUGGUCUCACUUGUUUUCAUAGUCAUAAAAAUACCUAAUACAGUACAUGUAAAUAUGAAAAAUUGAGUAGGUAUGCUAAAUCAUAAAAAUAAGCUCUAAUGAUAACAUGAAACGUCUUAGUUGUGUUUAUGAAUACACAAUAGCCUUAGUUGUAUCUAAUGUGGCUAUUGAAGACUUUAUACGUUCUGUAAUUUAGUUAAACAACAUGUAGAAUACUUUGAACUUUUAUAUUUUAGUUUUAAGAAAGUGUUUACGUGCUGAAAUAAAAAGAUUCACUAAAGUAUAAAAUUCAUAGUCCACAGAGGGUGAAGGAAUAUCUCAUUAAUUAUCAAAGAUUUUAAUGUAUUACAAAUUUUAAUAUUAUUACAAGGACUGAAACACCUUUGGUGGACCGUGUUACUAUUAUAGGGAAUUACUAGAUUUGGAGGGAACUUUAAUUAAAAUAGAUACAUCCUGGAAGAUAGUUUUGUUUACUCUUUUCUAAAUCACUACAAUAAUUUAAAUAUUUCCAAAAUAAACAAACUAUAAUAUUUUUUUGGAUUAAUUUUACAUUAUUUACUUCUGAUCAAAACUUUGUGUACUUCUUCACGUAGAUUUAAAUAGACAUAUUUUAUUUUAAGAUAAUGGGCCUCUUAACAAUAAUAAUUAAAAGAUGUCUCUCGUUAUCUGAGGCCGCAGUGGCCAGAUUAAUUGGUUAAAUUAUGAGGACUCCUGGUGCACAUAAAUUAAACAAAUUAAAGAUUAGCCCAUUGGUGCUCAUAAGACACAUGAAUAAUUUAAUAAAAAGUGUAUGAGUGUGCCAAGGAAAUCCCUAAUUUUCUGCACAAAUAAGUAUAAUUUGUAUAAUCGCAUGAAAAACUUGUGAACAGUUUUACUAACAUUGUGUAUUUAUUCACAGUAUGUACAGUAUGUAUUUUGUUUUUAAUUGUAAAUGUUGAACUGAGUUCAUUUGCUUCACUGCUCAUGUGCAGUGUUGCGACUGUGGGCCGACUAGAUUUUGGCAUUGCUAAAAUCAGCUAAAGUAUUAGGCCUAUGUCCAGGCAUUGCUGUAUUUCUUGGAAUGAAGGCAUCUUUAAUCCUCAGUGCAGCAUCAGUGACUAAUUAAAAAUAAACAGAUUUUUCCUUAUUUCACAACAUUCCUUUUGCAUAUCAUAAAUCUUGGUAGCUAUAGAUAGUCUGUACUUAUGAGGUGAUAUUUAGAAACAAUUAUUUUUUUUGUAAUAGAGUGAUGUUAUAGAUUUUAUGAUAAUAUUGUACCUAAGAUGUUAUGUGCACAACCUUUACUGUUUCUUUUGUAAUGUAUCAAGAUAGAUUGAUUGAAGCUAAAAAAUUUUAUCCUUAUUUAUGAUCAAUAUUGUUACAAACAUCAGUGAAUGGAGGCAGGUUCAUUGGUGUUCCCUUGUUGAUGUAACAGUGACUGCUGUUUGGCUGUGAAGAAUAUUUGAAUAAUACAUUUUUUUUUUUUUUUUUGAAAGUUUACUUGUUCUGUUUUUCAUUUUGUCAUAUUUGCUCCUGAAGAUUUUGUAUUGUUAACAACAUGUUUUAUUGAAAGCUCCAAAACAGUUUGUUCUAAAGAGAACCUUGCACGAUGUACUUUGUAUUUGGUAUUCAACUUUGAAACAUUAAUAAAAUAAAUCCUAUUUGUGUGACAUAAUGUAUUAGUGUUUUCAACAUAAUGCCAGAAACACAUUUCAGAAAGUUUAAUUAAAAUCCUUAAUUAAACUGAAUAAAUGUAUAUAACAAAAUUAAUUAAAUUGAUCAAAUUUUCUUUCCAACUUUUUCUUUUGAAAGUCAAAAAAUAUU